GCCAAAGAACAAAACGAUGUCUCAAUUUUGCAACAAGAGUGAAAAAAUGCAAGACUUGUUUUUACUACAAUAGACGAAACAGGAACGUGCCAAAGCAUGACUGUAGAGUAAACUGGGAUAAAUCUGCCAAAUCAAUGGAGGCUGACAUAGCGGUACAGCUACACUCGGAUGCAAAAGAAGCUGGUCUAAGAUACAAAGCCGUUAUAGGGGACGAAGAUUCUUCUGCGAUCAAACACAUAAAAGAAAAAGUGAAUUCUGACGUAGAAAAGUAUUCAGACAUUGGGCAUAUUAAACGAUCAAUAUCUAACAAAUUAGAAGAAAUGAGCAAGAAACAUAAAUCACUCACAAAAACCGUCAGAACAGCCUUCCUUACAAAUUUUACAUUUGCGUUUUAUCAAAAUAACAGUAAAACUGCAGACGAAAUGAAAACAGCAUUAGAAAACCUGGUACCACACAUGUACGGUGAACAUGAAAAAUGCGGGUUCCAUAAGUCUGGCUCAUACCGUCACAAAAAUUUACCUUACGGAAAGGAUUUAUCAGACGAGGAACUUCGGUCAGACCUUGAAGCAUUGCUGAAAUCAUUUAAAACAAAUAGCAAAAAACUCCUGACAACUGGACAUUCUCGACCUAAUGAGUCCUUGAAUGGCAUUGCUUGGAGUAAAGCUCCCAAGUUCAGAAAUUACACCCUAAGUGAAAGCUUCGACUUCCGUUGUGCAGCAGCAGUAUGCCAAUUCAACGUGGGUAAGACAUAUGUCGAUAGCGUUUGCAAAACCGCACAAUUCACCCCACAAAAAAGGACGAAGCUGUUUAACGAACGACAAGACCGGAAACGAAAGUAUCAAAAAGAUUAUAAAAAUAGAAAAGAAUUUAAAAAGGCCAGAAAAAGUUUGAAAAUGGAGAGAUCUAAAAAGGAAAUCGUUUAUGGUGUAAAAGAAGGACUUACCUACAUGACGGAUUGUUCAUUGCAAAACCCUGAUACUAUUGAUACCAUGUGCAUUCCGGACGACAGAGCAAACACCAAAAUUGAUGCAGAAGACAUUCUUCCGGUUUAUUUGGACUUAGAAACCACCAGGUUGGGACAUAAUGCUGAAAUUAUACAGUUGGCUGCCUUUGUUGACAGUUCUACUGUCUUCAACUCGUACAUCAUGCCUACCGGAAGUAUAAAUGAAAGUGCUACAGCAGUAACUGGUUUCACUAUUGAAAGAAAAGACGGGAUGAGGAGAAUGUAUCAACACGGUAUACCAGUUUAUACAGUAGAUAAACAUACGGGGCUCACUUCUUUUAUUGAAUGGCUUAGCAGUAUUUCCGACAAGAAAAAGAUAUUGAUCGCUCACAACGGUAGUAGAUUUGACUUUCCGAUAUUAUUUGAACAGUUAGAGUCAGCAAAGCUUGUAAACAAUGCAAAGACUGCAAUAACGGGAGUUUGCGAUAGUAUUCAUGUUUUAAAAACAGUUAUUAAAAACAGGGAGUCAAAGAAGUACAGUCUUGGGGUUCUCUAUGAGGAAACGUUCGGCGAAACAUUUGACGGACAUGAUGCACUCAAUGACGCAAAAGCUAUAGCUAAAAUAUUUCAAAAUGUUCAGGUCUCCAAAACUCAGAUUGCUGCAUUGAGUGUAGAUACAUCAAGUACAUUCAAUAACACACGACAUAACAGAAACCUAAAACAAGCAGUUGACAAUUUCGAAUGUUCGAUUAACAAUAAAAACAACAAAAUUGUGUCACAUGGUAUGGCAAGGAAAAUAUGCAAAAGCAGAUUGACAUACGAAAUGCUUAAAUUGGCACAUUUUCGUGACCGUGAACAGGGUAUACGUGCAAUAUUAUCUGAGAAGGUCGGGAAAGUGCUAGAGUAACUAACAGGUCAAAAAUAAUAAACCCAUUGUCAUCGGAUUUUGACCAGUUAUGAAAUGAAAAUGCACAUUAGCAAGUGCAAUUUUGAACACGUUGCAGCACCGUUUUUUAGCACUGCAGUAAGUUCACACAUACAAAUAGCAUUUCAUUUCUAAAUUUCAUAUUUAUUUAAACGUCCGAGCCUUAGAAAUGAAGAAUAUGAGAGUUUAUAAAAUUUCAUUGUACACGCUAAAAUGGACUUGUAUAACAUGAAUCUGGUAAGUCAUACUUGUAGAUAUGAGUAGCGAGCAAAAAAAUAGGAGUUUAUUUGUAAAAUGUAAGCAAGUAUUUUUAACAUACAUAGAAGUUAUUGCGCGUACGUGUAUAGGUACUGGGUAUCACAUCACACAACGCAAAUUUAUGCAAUAAUAUACUUUUCCCAGUUGCUAUGCAGUUGUUCAGCAGAUACAUUUUGUGUUCUUUUCAUUUUAUAAAUUGCAGUAGACAUUGCUAAAUUGUUCUAAAAACAACAGUUGUUUUAUGGAAGACAUUUUUCAUUUUUAUUCAUUUGUUGAUUCCACUUACAUAACGGUUAUUUCAGUCAAGAUGUUCUUCUUUUAUAGAAAAUUAUUAAAAGAUAGAUACUUUGGUAUUUCUGUCAUAUGCAAAUACCAAACCAACAGAGAAUACGCAUUGUGAAUGUUUAUCCAUAUUAUUCCAUUGACGCAACGUUAAUUGAAUAGAUUUAAUGCGUUAUAUAAUUUAACGUCCAUUUUUAAUGACGGGUACGUUAACAAAUCAUUAAUUAUAAAAAAUACUAGGUGGUAAAAGUUUUUGAUUUUUUGAUAUUCUGUUAAACAUAAAUUUAUCUUCAAAUUAUAAAAAAUGGCAAAAAUUAUUCGAGCCGUUUUUCCGUUAUUAAGACGAAUGCGUAUUU